GUGGAGCGAGCGGCGGGCGGAGCGAGGAGUGGGAGGGCGCGCGCGAGCCGGCGGGCGGGCGGGCGAACAGCUUCCCCACCAGCAUCUGCGGAGGCUGCGUUUGCCUGAAGCCCGUAGACAGAUCGCCGGGUAGAUCGCCUGGCGGACGGACGCGGGCGCUCGCCUGGGGCCGGGUCAGCUUCGGCGAGGCUCCGGGCUCGAAGCGCGCGGCUUCCCUGCCCACUCGCUGCGACCGCGGCGUGCCAGGGGCUGGAGGUGCGGGAGUCGCUCUCGCCGGUCGGUCCCCGCGCGGAUCAGCUCGGGCCGCCGCGCGGCGGCCCCCAGCGGCGGCCCCGAGCCCCACUCCCCGCCGGCCGCUCCGAGCACCAGCGCGCCCGGGCUCCAAACUCGGGCUGCGGGGCAAGUGCCUUCAUGAGCCCAGAGGAUGUCCGGGAAGCACUACAAGGGUCCUGAAGUCAGUUGUUGCAUCAAAUAUUUCAUAUUUGGCUUCAAUGUCAUAUUUUGGUUUCUGGGAAUAGCAUUUCUCGGAAUUGGACUGUGGGCGUGGAAUGAAAAAGGAGUUCUGUCCAACAUCUCUUCCAUCACCGACCUCGGCGGCUUCGACCCCGUCUGGCUCUUCCUUGUGGUGGGAGGAGUGAUGUUCAUUUUGGGAUUCGCAGGGUGCAUCGGAGCGCUGCGGGAAAACACUUUCCUCCUCAAGUUUUUUUCUGUGUUCCUGGGCAUCAUUUUCUUCCUGGAGCUCACUGCCGGCGUCCUGGCAUUUGUUUUCAAAGACUGGAUCAAAGACCAGCUGUAUUUCUUUAUAAACAACAACAUCAGAGCAUACAGGGAUGACAUUGAUUUGCAAAACCUCAUAGACUUCACCCAGGAAUAUUGGCAGUGCUGUGGGGCUUUUGGAGCUGAUGAUUGGAACCUAAAUAUUUACUUCAAUUGCACAGAUUCCAAUGCAAGUCGGGAGAGGUGCGGUGUGCCAUUCUCCUGCUGUACUAAAGAUCCCGCGGAAGAUGUCAUCAACACUCAGUGUGGCUACGAUGCCAGGCAGAAACCAGAGGUCGACCAGCAGAUCGUAAUCUACACGAAAGGCUGCGUGCCCCAGUUUGAGAAGUGGCUGCAGGACAAUUUGACCAUCGUGGCCGGCGUGUUCAUAGGCAUUGCGUUGCUGCAGAUUUUUGGGAUAUGCCUGGCCCAGAACCUGGUGAGCGACAUCGAAGCUGUCAGGGCCAGCUGGUAGAGUGGAGCGCCUGCCACCGCCACCGAACACUGGACACCCAGCCUCCCGCACCCUCCAGCGGCCUGACCGCGUCCACGUCGCACAGAGCCGUCACAGAGGCAUCCUGCAAUCCCGGAGCUGCCAAGAACUUGUUCUGGGGGGUGAAGCUGAGAAAUGCUGCUUACUGACAGAAUUAAAGAAACAAUAACCAGUAUGCAAGUCGUUGCGCCGUGAAUCUCUACUGUAGCCAUGAAUUUAUGGAUGGUUGGAUCCUUAACCAAAAAAAGAGGAAACGGGAGGGUGGGGAACCCGUAUGUACUUGAAUGUGUGGGGAAAGCCUUGUUCUCCACGGGAGCGAUUGGAGGGCUGGGAGAGGCAGCAUUGCCCUUCCUCACGCCGUGGCCUGAAGAUGUGAUCUUUCCUGAAACCCAGCCCCUGCCCUGUGAGGGCUGGGCCACUGGCGUCCCUUCACUGGACAUCGCAAGGAACUGCGACAACUCACGUCCCAGGGAGAAAGCAACUUGUCCUUGGGGUCGGAUUUUGAGAUCGAGUUCAGCAAGUGACGAGCUGGCACAUGGGGCCUCCUGAUGAGAGAAGUUGUGUAUUUCGCGUGCACUGAGCAGACCCUGGGAGCACCCCGUGAGGCUGGAAUUCAGCAGGACAGAUCUUUUUUUAAGGGGCCUGCACUUUAUUUACCUGUGACAUCCAAGGAGAAAAUGAGGCUCAUGACGAGGUAUUAGUUGGAUACACCCUCACCCCAGCCACUCAAGUAGGUGUCGGAUUCUUCAGAAACUCUGCGGCUUUGGCUUUUUUUUUUCUUGCCUUUUUUUGUUUUAGACUCCCCAAAAGCUGCCGUUUCUGUUAAAUUUUUAAGUGUUUCCUUACAAGCUCGAAUAUUAAUUUUGUGUGUGUAAUCUCCCCGCAUGACCUGUGAAUCUGAAUCCACCAUUCCAUCCUCCCGCCAUCUCUCCGACAACAUUGAUAGGUGUGGUGUGGUGUGGUCAGCACUGGGUGGGUUCACGCCCUGAGAGGGGUGGCGGUCCCGCCUGGCUGGGAAGGGGCCAGCUGGGCCCGCGAGAUGCUUCCAUGGACUCAGCAAUCGCUCAGCCAUACGGGUCGCCAUGGUCUCUGCUGCGUCCUGCCCCCCCUCUCCUGGAAUGGAAGUGAACCCCUUUCCAAAACAACGCUGACACAUCAGAAAGCUUCUAGUGGGGUUUUUCCCUCUUCUGGUUUUAGUUUUAUUUUUUUAAAGAGAAGAGUGCGUGGGCAGAGCUCUCUCUGUUCUCAUAGUGCAGGCUAACCAUCAGGAUGGCGACAAAGCACACAUACUCCGAGGGGGGACGUUGGCGGGCAGGUGUUCUGAGUCUGAGACGAAAACCACCUCCAGGUGCUGCCACCCACCCUGGCCCGCCUCCAGGAGGGAGGGACCCGUUUUGCCCCCAGAUUUUAAUCCAACCUCAUCUACCGGGAUGUCACUCUCCCCGGGAGCAGGUAUAGUCUGUGGAGCGCUGGGAAAACCACAGGCGUGUUUCACGGUGAUGACACGUUCUCCAACGCAUCGCUGGGCAGCUGCGAGGUACUUUGUGAACUUGAGCAAGGCUUUCUGUGCCCGCCCCCUGGUGCAUCGCUGCGGCCGGUGCACGGGUGGGUCUGCUCUGAGUGAGGACUGCAGUUGACAGUACCUGGUCUCCGGGGUUGGGUGUGGCUGACUCUGCAUGUGUGUGUGUGUGUCUAUAUCGUUAGCGAUGUCCAUCCCGUGCUCCAGCUGUAAGAGGAUUUUAUCUCCUCUCGGCCCCACCAUGGUUGUCCUGUGAUGUCAUUCCAACAUGGCGUCAGCUCUCCGGUUGGCACGCUUGUCCUUCCUGUUCAUUACCUCAUCCUCCAGGGAACUCCCUCUGACCAGUUGAUUCAGAACCGGGCAAGAUUCCCCCCUUCGGCACAUCCAGUGAAAGGCCAAACAGAAGUCCAAGUGAGUUUUAAAUUUUAAGGAACCACCCUUUAUUUUUUACACUUGAGAGUGGUUGUAAUAAAGGCUGUCAUUAAUAAACUUGGUUCUACCUUG